AUGGUUGAUAAUGUGGAACUGGAGCCAACUGAAGCACAGCUACAGCUCAAAACGGAGCCUCUUCAGGGAAGAUUACAACCUGGAACUCAUGACACACUGGAAGGUAACAGAACCACAACUGAACAAGAACAGAAUUCAAUCCAAACAGACACUUCAAUUCCUGUGAACCACACCUCUGAUGUAAAUACAGUAAAACAGAGACCAGGUGACAAUAUUGCAGAACUCCUAAUUGAAUUGGGAUUAGAAAGCAAGAAGUUGUCCCUGAGUGAUGUGCUCAACAUAAGUAUAGAAACAAUUCAAAAUAAGUCACCCAAUUCCCCUCAGGAUAUUCGGGUUUUUCUCCAGAAUUUAAUGAUGGUCAAUUCAGAGGCAAGAAACUUGAAAUACAAACCAACUCAGACACAAAAUCAAUCAAGAUCAGAUAAUUUAGAUUUUCUUUCUCUGGAUGAAACCCCUAAAGGUUUAUACCAUCCUUUGGAUAUCAUUGUGUCUAUCUUCCUGUGUGCUGACCCAUUCCUCCAGCAGGAGCUGAUGUUAAAGAUGUCCCUGUGCCAGUUUGCAUUGCCACUAUUACUGCCUACUAGUAACAAGGGCUGCACCUUCCUAUUGCGGGCUCUGCAUUGCAUUGUGAAGAAGUGGCACCCACUUUCACUCCGAGCUAGCACGGGAUUUAAGGAGGCAAACAUGGCAACAAUCAGCAUUCCGAUCUUUUCCUUUAUUCGACUCGGUUCCUGUUCCAUUUCCAAAUCUAUGAUCCUAAAUGAAGUCCUCAGUCCCACCCAGCAACAUCACAAUUUCUUCUUCCAUUCUGAUAUGGAGUGUGGCAAUUUACCCCGCAAGAUUUCUGAUGGCCUUGUCGAGUUGUGCUGGUACCUGCCCUGUGGGAGUGAGGAAUUGAAUCUUUUCUCGGAACCAAUGGCUAUAUUAAAUCUUCGAGGUGAUGCUGAAGAAUUCCAGACACAAGCACAAUUUCUGGCAAACAUCUCUUCAGCUGUUUUCAUUUUGAUUAAUAAUGUUGACAGUGGUUUAAGCCAGAGCCUUAAGUCCAUCGUCCAGACUUCAAACAGCCCUGGAAAUAGCCCAUCAACAGAAGAUAGUCAGGGCCCCAGGAGUCUGGAGGAAUUGGCAGUAAUUUCAAGGGGCAUGAGAAUUGAAACAGAUGAGGAUGACAAGCUGUGUUCACAAGGCAAAGCAAGAUCUGAAAACAUUUAUAAUGGUAUCAGAGGAGAGGCCAUUAGUGAAUACAAAUUGGAAAAUAUGACUUUUCAGAGUUUCACUUGGCAACAGAUUUCCAAAAAAGAAAGAGAACAAUGUCGUCCAAAACAGCAAGCAGAGAGGUCCACACAAAAAUAUUGUUACGCCCUUGAAGAAGAGAAGAGAAAACUUCGAAAUGAGCAACAAGAGAAAGGUAUAUCAGCUGAUAUGAAAACAUUCAUCACAGCUCUAAAAGAUAGGGAUGAGAGGAAAUAUUUCCUGCAAUGGAUGAAAUUCGGGUUGGAUUCCAGAUCAAGAGACACUCUCUCUGUUUUACGUGAAAAAUACAAAGCUCUGUCUGAGAUGAUAAAGCAGAAAGCCUCUACAACCAACAACAAAUGGUUACAGGAAUUAGACCAACAGAUAACUGACAGCUCCCUUGGACUCGAACAUUUCAUGAGAGAAUCCAUGCUGAUCUAUGAAACAUUGAUAAACCAGAAUAAUUGGAACUUGGUUCAAGAGUUACCCCAUAUUGCUGCUGAUCUGAUGUUGGAUGGGUUCCCUCUGGAGCUCAUCAAUGGAGAUGUUUUCAACAUCCCUUUACAGUGGGUCACUGAUGUACUGAAGGCCGUUGAACACAGGAUUGGCAAAGGGACCCGUGUGUUUGUGCUGACAGUGCUGGGUGUGCAGAGCACAGGCAAGUCCACACUUCUCAACACCAUGUUUGGUUUGCAGUUUGCUGUGAGCAGUGGCCGGUGUACCCGUGGGGCCUUCAUGCAGCUCAUUAAGAUUACAGGAGAUCUACAGACUGAGCUGGGCUGUGGGUACAUCAUGGUGAUCGAUACUGAAGGGCUGAAAGCACCAGAACUCUCGAACAUUGACGGCAACUAUGAACAUGACAAUGAGCUCGCUACCUUGUUAAGUGAUGUAACAUUGAUAAACAUGGCCAUGGAAAACUCCACCAAGAUGAAGGAUGUGCUGCAGAUAGUGGUCCAUGCAUUUAUACGAAUAAGAGAAGUGGGGAAAAGGCCGGUUUGUCACUUUAUCCAUCAGAAUGUGAGCCAUGUGUCUGCUCAUGAUCAGAAUAUCCGAGGCCACAAUCAUCCGCUGGAGCAGCUGGAUGAGUUGACACAAACAGCAGCUAAAAUGGAGAAACAAGACUGCCGGUUCACCAAGUUCUCAGAUGUGUUGGAGUACGAUGCAAUGGAGAAUAACUGGAAUAUUCCAGGCCUAUGGCAUGGGAAUCCACCCAUGGCAGCUGUUAAUACUGGCUACAGUCACAAGGUGUUUGAGCUGAAGAAAAGGCUUUUUGAGAAUCUGAAAGAGAAGAAAAAUAAAGGGAGAAUGUCAACCAUCUCUGAGUUUAUCGAAUGGACUGAAUCUCUGUGGAAGGCAGUGAAAUAUGAAAAUUUCAUUUUCAGUUUCUGGAACAGUUUGGUAGCUGAAGCUUACAAGGAAUUUUCUGUCAAAUGCUCCGAUCUGGAGUGGAAACUGAGGAAAGAGAUACAUUACUUCCUAGAAAGGGCACAGAACAGAAUUUUUAAUACAAAACAGGAUCCAGAAAGAGAAUCUCAAAGACUGAAAAGAGAACUGGUUGUAUUUCUCAGUGAAAAGAAAGAAAAAGCUCUCCAACAAUUGAAAGAAUAUUAUUCCACCGUCAGUAACUCAAACCUUGUUGAAAAAUACAGGAACGAUUUUGUAUGCAGCAUCAACUCUUUGAUCAUUGAUCGUGGGUUGUAUGUGGACAGAAAAUGUAACGAGGUAGUGCAGAGAAGAAGUGCUAUGCAAGAGUUGAAUGAUAUUAAAGACAAGUAUCAGAGUCAGAUUGAAGAGCAGGUUAAUGAACUUCUUCAAAGGUAUCAGCAAGAAAAUAGGAAAAUGAAUGAAACACAACUGCAGAAAGUGUUUGAGAAUAUGUGGCAAGUGACAAUUCCAAAAUUGAAACAUUUACCACUACCUGGAGCCAAUAUUAUAGAAGAUAUGGAAACAAGUCUACACCAGAAUAUGCCUGCGGACACAAAGCUCCUUAACCAGCAACUUUACAAGAAAACCCUGCCUGAACUGAGUGAUGAAAAAUUCAAAGUCAGGCACAGUCAUGUUGCCCUGUGCACAAUUAAUUACAAUUUUUUAAAUAAACUUUUCAUUCCAAAACUGAAAGAAACAGACAUUAAAAGAGCCCAGCAGCUGGCAGAUCAGUGGGCGAGGGAGUGUACACAGUUUGUGAAGCAGACAGCAGACCAAGAACAGGAUUAUGAUUCCAACCAUUGCAGAGAACUCCUGAAAAUAAUUGAUGAGAAAAUCCAGAAGAACCAGGAUCAGACAUUCUCAUUUAAUCAAAAUUUCAGAGUGGAUUUUAAGCUUUUUGUUUGUGGAUUUGCAGUUACAAAAUAUAAAGAAAAGCAAGAAAGGUUCCUGAAGAGCAGUGAUCCUCUGGAGCAGUUACAAAAAGCGAAAGCAAAUUACUACCAAAACUUUAAAGAUGUCUACCAGGAGAAAGAUCAAACCAAACAGAGAGCAGAACUGUUCUAUGAAAAUUGCCUGGUCCCAGCCAUAAUCCAAGCUGUUGAUAUCAAACUGGGAUUAGAAAUUGUUCAGCACAUGAGGCUCCACGGCAAAGGUGGGAAAUUCUUGUACAGGAAAAAUUUCCAAGUGGCUCUGAUGCUCCAUUUGAAGAAGAGAGACAGUUUUGAUGAGUAUUACCGUUAUAUAAAACACACCGUGUCAUUCGAAAAAGACUGGCUGAAAGAACAAGUUGUACAACACUGUGCAGCCACAGGUGAUGAACGAAUUCCUCUGCUGUGCGCUCUUGCACUGGAUAUUCUGCAUGGGAUUAUCAAUCGGGUGAGGAAAGCUCUCAAGGAAAUACCCCCAAUUAACAAGAAAUCAGUGGAAGGUAUCAUUCAGGUAUUUAAAGAGAAACUGAGCAAUGAAAUACAGAUACUACAAGAGACAUUGGGACCUGUUACUUUUAAAUCUGAACAGAUUAAUCUUCAGAACUUCAAACAAGAAAUUGAAAGUUUUAUCAAUACAAAUGAUCUGACUGAAAGGGUUAAAGAUUGGGGGAAUGAUAUUUCUAGGAAAAUCACUGCUCUCCCCAUAGAUCCAUCCAGUGAAUUGUACACAAUGUUAUGUGGCUGUGGGGAGCAGUGUCCAUUCUGUGGUGUCCUGUGUGAUUGUACAAACAGGGAGCACUCACAGCACAGUGCUAUAUAUCACUGGAGCAGAGGGCUGAACGGAUACAGAAACAUCGUUACUGAUACACUAAUAUCAAGUAAUUGUACAACGGAAGUUGCCGGCGAUGCUACUUUCAUGAAUAAAGACACUGAGUGGAAACUGUUUCCUUACAAAAACUACAGAGAUAUCAAUGACCAGUACAAUCGCUGGAACAUUCCUGCCGAUACCAGCAUCGAAACAUCGGCCUUUUGGAAAUGGGUUUACUACAAAUAUGAAAGAGAAUUCGCUGAUAAAUAUUCAACAAAACCAGCAGAUGACAUUUCUAAUUGGGAUUUACCCUGGGAUCAGAUUGAAAAAGACAUUGAAGAAAAAUACAAGGUGAAGAUUAAGGAGUUCAAUUAA